AUGGUGAUGAUUGAUCAGUAUAUUUUGGGUGGAUUUGUUGCUUCUCUAUUUGGGUUUGUUUUGUUGUGUAACUUGAGGAGAAAGAUAAAGAAGAACAAUGGUUCAAAGAUUGUACGUAAAGAUCAAUGCAUUAAGACCUCCAAUGAUGGAAUUCAUCGGCUGGCGGUCGACGGCGUAAGUACGGACGUAAUUAUUGUCGGUGCUGGCGUCGCUGGGGCGGCUUUGGCUUAUACACUUGGAAAAGAGGGACGAAGAGUUCAUGUUAUAGAAAGAGAUUUAACCGAGCCAGAUCGGAUUGUUGGUGAACUUCUACAGCCUGGAGGAUAUUUGAAAUUAAUUGAGUUAGGUCUUAAAGAUUGUUUGCAAGAUAUUGAUGCUCAACAAGUUUUUGGAUAUGCCCUUUACAUGGAUGGUAAAAGCACUAAGCUGUCUUAUCCACUGGAGAAAUUCAAUUCAGAUGUCUCAGGAAGAAGUUUUCAUAAUGGCCGUUUUAUACAAAGGAUGAGAGAAAAGGCUGCAACCCUUCCUAAUGUGAGAUUGGAACAAGGAACGGUAACAUCGUUGCUUGAAGAAGAAGGGACAAUCAAAGGAGUGCAAUAUAAGACUAAGAAUGGCGAGGAAAUAACUGCAAGUGCUCCUCUCACCAUUGUAUGCGAUGGCUGUUUCUCAAACUUGAGACGCUCUCUUUGUACUCCGAAGGUGGAUGUCCCCUCAUGUUUUGUUGGUUUGGUCCUGGAAAAUUGUGAUCUCCCAUUUGCAAACCACGGACAUGUUGUUCUUGCGGACCCUUCGCCUAUCUUAUUUUAUCCUAUCAGCAGCACUGAAGUUCGUUGCUUGGUUGAUGUCCCGGGACAAAAGGUGCCUUCCAUUGCUAAUGGUGAAAUGGCCACAUAUUUGAAGACUGUGGUGGCUCCUCAGAUUCCUUCUCAGCUCUAUGAUGCAUUUAUAGCAGCAAUUGACAAAGGAAAAAUAAAAACAAUGCCAAACAGAAAUAUUGUUGUUAUCCGAGAUCUUCUUCGACCUAUACAUGAUCUUAAUGAUGCUACAACCCUAUCCAAGUAUCUUGAAUCGUUCUAUACCCUCAGAAAGCCUGUAGCAUCUACUAUAAAUACACUGGCUGGUGCACUUUACAAAGUAUUUUGUGCAUCAUCAGAUCAGGCAAGGAAAGAAAUGCGUGAAGCAUGUUUUGGCUACUUGAGCCUUGGAGGCAUUUUCUCUAAUGGCCCUGUGUCUUUACUCUCUGGUCUAAAUCCGCGCCCUUUGAGUCUGGUGCUCCAUUUCUUUGCUGUGGCUGUCUAUGGUGUUAGCCGCUUAUUUCUUCCAUUCCCUACACCAAAACGGAUUUGGUUAGGGGCUAGAUUGCUUUCGGGCGCAUCUGGAAUUAUUUUUCCUAUUAUGAAUGCAGAGGGAUUUAGACAAAUGUUCUUCCCUGCUACUGUUCCAGCCUACUACAGAUCUCCCCCUGUUAAUUAA